GAGGGCAAGAUUUAUGCUUGACACUUAAAAGAUGAAGCAAAACUCUCUUGUGAGUUUAUGAAUGUGUGCUGGUUCGUUUUCAGAGGAGAAUCAUGUAAUACGUCAUUUUUUAUUCCACUCACCGCAACAUUCGUAUCGUAAAUUGUGGGUAAACUGUGACUUCCGGAGUAUAAAUACCUCUCCAGUGGUGUUUUUGUGUUCAAGUCAGAAUGAGGUCACUGUCCCUUUAAGAAGCAUCCUGCUCGACUGUGUGACUCCUGUUAACUGGGAGCACUGGGCUGCAAAUGCUGGUGUACGGUGAGCACAGACAGUAGGAAUAUCACUAGAUCACAGAUCAACACAUGGCUGUUACAUCACACGUAUGUCUGUUGAAUGAAGAUUAAUCAUUGUUUUCAGUCUGGAUGGGCUUAGUCCCGCCUUGGUUAAGUCCAGCGGAGCACAGGGUUGAGCUCCAUCAUGGAUCAGCUUGACAAGCCGAGCUUUGAUAACUUAAUCUUCUACAUCACCGUACCACUGUCUUCAAUCAUCAUCCUGGCCAACCUCUUCAUCAUAGUGGGCAUAGCCUGCAACCGUCAGCUACACAACACCCCAAAUUACUUCUUCCUGAGCCUGCUGGUGGCCGAUCUGUGCACCGGCAUCGCCCUGCCGUUCAUUCCACGCAUGGCCCUCGACCGGCUGCUGGAUUUCAAGAGCUGUUUGCUGAUGUACAUAUUGCCCAAUUUUUUAUUUCUGUCCUUCCUCUUUAAUCUAGUCAUGGUGCAUUACGAGCGCUACCUGUGUGUCGUCAGUCCUUUGCACCACAGCCAGUUCUGGGUCCAUCGCUGCUUCCCCGUGGCCUUGCUGAUCGUCUGGCUCCCACCGUUGCUGUACGCAUCACUUCCUGCCUUCGGAUGGAACAACUGGGUGGACCCCAAAGGCAACAAGAGCUCGGACGUCAACGAGUCUUUUGUGAGAUCCUACACAUCUGGGAACUACUCCGGGACGGAUGAGCUUUGCUCCUACAGGCAGGUGUUUCCCGAGGUGUUUAUUUACUUGGAAGUGUACGGGCUGGUGCUGCCCGCCAUGCUGUCCAUCGGCGGAAUGACGGGCCGGGUGUUGUGGAUCGCGCGCAAACAGGUGAAGAACAUUUGUAAGCUUCAGCGCGCCGUGGACCGUCUACAGCAGCAGUCGGACCACGAGCAGCAGCUCAACCUGCGCUACGCCAAAUGCGUGGCCGCCGUGUCCCUCACGUUCCUGGUGUGUUGGGUUCCGUACAUCAUCUAUCAGCUGAUGUCCGUGACGGCGCUGCAGAGCGGCGUGAGCACGUCCAGUUCCUCCUUAUACAUCAUCAUGUCCUGUACGGGCAUCGGCAGCAUGGCCAUCGUUCCACUCAUACUGGGGCUGGCGAAUAAGCAGUACACAGAGCCCGUCAGCAGAGUCAUGCGUAAGCUGAGAAACCGAUGUAGAGCUGGACAGAACAGCAGAGAUAUUACUCUUUGAUGAGCCGAAAGAUGUUUCAAUUAAAUGUGUCAAUGACUUUAAACUCAACAGUUCUGUGGUGCAUAAAAUGCUUUAUGAAGUAUAAGAACAAAACACUUUCUGUUCUAUCUGUUUAAUCUGUCUGUCAGUCCGUAUUACUCUAUUUCUGCCUGUCUGUCUGUCUGUCUGCAUGUCUGUCUGUCUCUCUAUAAUCUUUCUGUCUACUCAGUCUGUCUGUCUGUCUAUUCUGUCUGUCUGUCUGUCUACUCUUUCUGUUUUUCUACUCUGUCUGUCUACUCUGUCUGUCUGUCUGUCUGUCUACUCUGUCUGUCUACUUUGUCUGUCUGUCUGUCUACUCUGUCUGUCUGUCUGUCUACUCUGUCUAUCUACUCUGUCUGUCUGUCUGUCUGUCUGUCUAUAUAUCUAUCUGAAUUUCUCACUCUCUGUCUGUCUGUCUGUCUACUCUGUCUGUCUGUCUACUCUGUCUGUCUAUCUAUAUAUCUAUCUGAAUUUCUCACUCUCUGUCUGUCUGUCUGUCUGUCUGUCUGUCUGUCUGAAUUUCUCACUCUCUGUCUGUCUGUCUGUCUGUCUGUCUGUCGAUCUAUCUGGAUUUCUCUCUCUCUGUCUGUCUGUUUGUCUUUUUUAUCUUUCUCUAGUCUAUCUGUCUAUUUAUCUGUCUCUCUGCCUGUCUAUCUUUGUAUCUUGUCCAGCCAUCUGAUCUGAUUUUUUAGUCCAAUCAUGCAGUCCAAUCAAGGGCUUUAAUGUUAAAUAACCCAAUCUGUAAUUUAUGCAAAAAAAGAUUAAGUCCAUUAGAAGGUGAAAAGCAUCAUGGUUAGAGAUUUAGAACGAGGGAAAUUACACAGGGAAAUCUAGCAGACUAUGAUGUGUUAUCUUACAAAACAUGUCACAGUGUAUUACUCAUACUGUAAACAUUUAUAAAACAUUUUACAAUGAGACAUACUUUUCACGUCAAGAAGAGCUUGUAGUCAUAAAUGAACAAAUAUGGAACAUUUUAAUAGACAAAUGAGAGGCAAAAAACUGAUGUAUAAGUGUUUUCCAAAAUAGCUGUAUAAAUAUUCCCAGAAAGUGUCUGUCCACUGACAAACCCAUUAAUCCCAAUGGAAGUCUGGAGAAUGUGUGUUUCAGUCAGUGUGCGCCAAACACAAAGAGGUCAAAUUUGAAUAGUGACUAAACAAUAGAAAAAGACAAAUGAAGAUGCCUUUAUAGUUUGUGUUAGAUGUUGCGAAACUAUGAAAUAUGCUGUGUACCUUGUGAACAUUUCAGUAACGUUACUACAAACAUUGUCGACUGCACUCGAAUGUUGAUCAUUACUCAAAUACACAUUUAUAUAAAGAUAAAAGUGUGUCAUAGUGGUUUUAGUUUGGGUUUGCAUUCUACAGAGAAAUUCUGUGACUCGUUGUUCCCUAAUGGUUUGAAGCUAAACAAGGUCAAGAGUAUGAAAACUGCAGUACACACACACAAAUUCAUCUGUUGCACAUUCUUCCUCUUCUUGUUUCUCACAGAAGAGCGAAGAGUUAUGACAGAGUUAUGAUGUAUGAACUUUUAAAAUAGCUGGCAAAUUAUGUUGGGUUUUUUCGACGUUCAUCAUUUUGACUUUCAAGUUGUGCCUAUAGCUCAAAUGCAUAAUCUACAACAUGCUAGAACCACCAACAAUUGCCUUGCAAUGUCCUAGUAACCGCCCAGAACACAUUAGCAACUCCCUAGCAACCAUUCUGAACAUGCAUUGUGACAGAGAGUUUUGAAUGAGCAAGCACCUGUUACAUUUUCAUCAGAAAAUCGUGUUAAUCAUUAAUAGUUUGGGAUAAAUGCAAAAGUUAAGUACACAGACAGUUUUGUUAACAGCUUUUUGCCGUGGCUCAGUUUUAUCAAGAGUGAUGUUUCAAAUAUUGUGCAAAACUUACACAAUAUGGUCACUCCAUGUAUUAUGUAAUUGGUGCAAAUAUUGUAAGUUUCAAAACAAGAAGUUAAGAUUGAAGCGAAUGUCAUUCACAUUUGUAUUAAUGUUGUGCAACUUUAUUUAAACGUAGUAUUGGGGCAAGUUAAGGUUGAGUAUUAGAUUGUAUUAUUUUAUAUUGUUGCAGCAUAAAAGGAGACAGAUGAAGGUAGAUGGAAGUGGCAUGAGAAGAAUCUCAGUCAAGGUGAGGCAGCGCUAAAUGGGUAUGGUUCAGGUAAGAAAUAAAUGUUGGGAUAGAUUCAGUAUUGGGGUGCAAUAAGACUUGGAUGUUCUUGAGAUUCACCUGUGAAAUAGAAUUGCUCCCAUUCAUCAAUUGGCAACUGUAAUAACCCAUUAGAGAGUAAAAGCCAAAAUCCAGGUGCAGCUUCAUAACCCGUCCGACUGAACCGGGCCUUAUAUUGUGCCUUCAUUUUAAAAUCCACUUCUAUAAAUACGAUGUUUCUGGUGCCAAUGAUAUUGCAGCAGUAAAUCAGAACUUUACAUCAUAAUAUUGUUCUCGGACCUCGACAAUUUUUUACUUAAAAUGUAACUAGACCAAUAUCAAAUAUACUGGACCAAACUCAUUUUUUACCCUUUAUUUGGCUCUUCAUCUUCUCUAACUGCUUUACUGGCUGUCAGGAUGUUGUUUAUCUCUAUAUUCGUUUUGGUCUCCAUGGCCAAGACAUUGAUGUUCAGCAGAUCUUCUGAAUCAAAAAGGGACGAGAUAUUCUUAAUUUAUUUAUAAAUACAGAGUUUCCUAUUAAAACCUAUUAAAAGACUUAAUAAAAGAAAAGUCAAUCUGUUUACAAAACAUGGACUUUAAUCCUUGUAAUGCAUGACUUUAAAAACAAAACAUUAUAAAAUAGAAUGCCUUAAAAAUUACAGGAACAGAUUUGUUAUGUGUCAUGUUUUUAACAUGUUUAUUAUUUUAUGAUGUGUUUUGAAUGUGUGAAGAAAUUGCUUUGUGAAGAAUAAUAAAGCUAUAAACGUAAAUGAUUGCUUUCA